AUGAGGCAACAAGUCUUCGAAAUGCUUCCACCGCCAACGAUUGGAAUUCCAACGGCAUCAUCGCCUGAUAAUAGCUCGGCGACUGAAAAAUCUGAAGAAAAUUUGGAAAGCAGUGAUGAUGUUGUGAUUACCUUGUUCCGCCGAUUUGAUGAAAGAAGCAUGGACAACAGUGUUACAAUGAAGUCAAUACCGGAAAGCAGCAUAGCCGACGACUCGUUUUAUCAGAAGAUCAAUGAGGAAGACUUCAAAAUUGAUCCAGUCAAUGAGUCAGAUGGCUCCGUCUAUUUUAAAGUCGAAGCUCCUGUAUUUGAAGAAGAGUAUUCAAACGAGCAGCUCUUGAGUUACAUUGAACAGUUAUCCAGCAACCUAAAGAAAGCCGAAAAGUCUGUACAGAAACAAAAGUCACGUCGCCGGUCACGAGAGCAAGCAAUUAUCAAAAUGGCAAAAGUACUCAAUAGCCAGAAAGAUACCGUCGCACAACUCAAAGCAAAAGUUGAUGAGUUGAAAUCGGAAGUGCGUAUGAAAGAUACGGAGAAUUCAGUAUCUGACCAAAGACUCCAAAACACAUUGAAGGAUUUGGUGGAGGCUGAGACAGCUAUCAAGAGUCUCAACAAACGGCACAAGCACGAUGUUACAAAUAGUGGCCUAAAUGAAGACAUUGAAUCAAAAGAAAGGGCACAACACGCAACAGUAAUGAAAAAACAACAACGGAGGGCUUUGAAACUUGCUGCUAUGGUACUUCUUUGUGUCUCAUCCCUGACAGCGAUGUGUGCUCUUAUUGGUUGUAAAAUGACUAGAAACGAAAUCACUGACGGUGAUCAACAAUGUGAUAUGUUUUCAAGUUUGGGAGCUGUCCGCCAACACCUAAUCUCGCAAGGCGUCGAAGGCCAAAGGGCGCACUUUGUGAAAGGCCCAACGGUUCCUGCAAUGAAACAAAGAAAUCUACUUGAUGUCUAUGCAGGUGCAAUCCGGAGAAGCACGCCAUCUUCGAUUGUGCAAGAUUUUGUCAAGGUAAAGAGCAUAACUUGA